GCGUUUUCCAAACCCAUUCUCUUUAUCUGUUUGUUUUCAUUUAUUUAUCUUCUCUACACUGACCACAGCACUGUUCCUACCACCACCGCCUCCGCCUCAUCCUCUCUGUUCUAACAUCACAAGAACAGGAUCAGGAGGAUAUCAAAUUUGAAGAAGAAGGAGAAAGGGGGCACCGAUUUUGAUACGGAAAAAUCAGAAAUGUUGCAUCAGAAGCUGCUUCUUCUUCCUCUUUUUGGCUGCUGUCGGGGAGAAUGAAUAAUUAAUUGAGGAAAAAAGACCACGGCGGAAGAAGGAAAGAAGAAGUUUUGGUACAUAUAUGCCGUGGAAUCUGCAGCGUCAAUCGAGCUUUGCGUGUUGGCCCAUAAAUAUCAUGGAUCUUGGGAAUUCCUGCUUCGUAUCCUUUAGUAUAUAUAACCCUUCUUCUUGUUCAUCUCGUCAUUCUUGCGCUUUUCUCACAUCAGCUUCGGCAUCUGCAUCUGCAUCUGCAUCUUCAUCUUCAUCCUUGUCAUUUACGCUGUCGCCGUCUUCCUUCUUCGUUGGAACUGGGUAUUCCUCCGAGCCCAAGUCUAUGGCACCUCGCGCGAAGCCCUCUUGCUGCAAAGUGACCAAACCCUGUUUUUUUUCUAAUGAAUGUGCCGAGGAAGACGCUUGAUGGUCGAUGUCGAUCGUCCUCGGUUCUUUGAACUUACUAUUUGUCAAUUGAAGUAAAACUAUUCUUGUUGUUGUACUUUCUCAUUGCUGAGAGCUAUUUCCGGUCAUCGUUGUCCUUUUCUUUUUUCUUUUUCUUUCUUUUUUGAGUUUUCUCCGUCGAUUUUUUACAAGAAAAGAAGAAAUUGCAGUGGGAAUUGUUGAAAGAGAAGAAAGAAUUACAGAGAAGGAGAUGUUGUGCGCUUUGUUGGCCACCUUCUGUCAUCCUGCGAUGACUAUGACGUCAGCCGCCAAGGCUUCUUGGGCAAUUCCAAUCUGCGGCGAUCGUCACGUCGGGUAUACUCAUCCUUGUUGUUCCAGUAAGAAUUGGAGUGGGAAAGGGAGGAAGAAAAAUGCAAGGACAAGGAGCCUUUCCCCUCUCGCUUGUGCAACAGCUGCAUCGGCAUCCGCUUCAGCUUCUCCUGUUUUUCGCAGUCUAAACACGAGGGAUCCCUCCCGUCCCAUCUCUUACCAGGAGGUUCUUAAGGCCGCCAGAGAAAAGUUUACUCAAGAGAUCUCCUUUCAGUCCAAGGACAGGAACAUCUCUCUCGCCAAGGCUUUGCUGUACAUUGCAGCUGAAGAUGAGGCAUUUUUGGCUUUUCACCGAGAGAUGGAUGCUUUUUCACUUCUUAACGAAAGGAGGGAUGUUUCAAAUCCGUCUGGUGCGCAAGAAUGGGAAUGUUUGGAGGCAAUGCCUUUGGCUGGAAAGAGCAUAUUUGAAUGGCUGAUUGAGUUGGAUACCAUAGCCAAAGAAGUGGAAGCAGAGCUUGUCCCAAGGGACAUUGGUUGCCAUUUGGUUGAAGUUUUGGAGGCAGUAAAUUUAGUUCUUUUCGAGGCAAGAGGCUUCAAAAGGUCGUCUGUGCUUGUUGAUUCGAAGCAUUCAUAUUUGCACUCAGUACUAAACUCGGGAUGCGGCAGUGCAAUUUUGCUAAGCAUAAUUUAUAUUGAGGUUUGUCGACGACUUGGAGUGACAAUUGUGGGAUCUCGAGUGGGAGAAGAUUUUUUAAUUUGGCCUCAAACAGAAAGCUUAGAGGAGCUGUUCAAGGUAACAUCUGGACACAGCCUAUUUGCCAUAGUUAAUGGAAGAUGUGUAGAGGACCCUCGAUCAAGGGCCUCAGACUUAAGCAGCAGUUCAUUGUUAGGGCUUGACGUUGCCUCGAACCGAGACAUUAUUGGGAUUGCUUUGGCCAACCUGAUUAGACUUCAUUGGAAACGUGCUUCAAGAAUGAAUCAUGGAUUGAUGUUGACUUCUCCACUUAGGCCUGCUCGUGAUGCAUAUGGAAAGCUUAGCAAGAUGGAUGGUUCAAAAGUUCCCUUGUUGAGGCCUCGAGAUCUAAGGUUGGCUAUCAUGGCUUCAGAAAGAUUGUUGAUUCUGCAGCCACAUAAUUGGGCUCUGAGGAGAGACCAUGGCAUGAUGUUGUAUUACAAUAGGGAGUAUGGUGAGGCAGUGCAAGAGCUCAGCAUUUGCAUGGCCUUCGCCCCAGAAGAAGAGGCUGAGAUUUUAGAACCCUUUGUUGAGAAAUUGCAUUUGUUGCGGCUUGAAUCAUCAUGGAAUUGUAUGGGGCAGACGGGUCGAUUGGCAGUGUCUUAACUUGUUUGUAGAUAACCCUUUUUUCUUUAAAUGCUCAUCCCCAUUUUGUACUCUCUCUCUCUCUCUCUCUCUGGGGUAAAAUGUAUUGAAGAAAGUUUUGUUUUUGACCUUGCAAUGCUUCCAGUCUACCAUGCAAUUUGCUGUGACAUUGUUUGAGCUUCAAAAAGUAAUGUAUAAUGAAACGGCUUCAAAAA